GGCAGCAAUCAAAGCAGCCGCUUCGUCGGAGCCUUCAACACCUCAGCACCUGGGACUCUAGCCACUAGCGACAUGGAUAACCGCAGUUUGCUGCUGAGGCUCUCGAUUGUGGUGGCGCUGGUGUUGCUGCUCGUCUGCGUGCCGGAAACGGAUGCGGGGGGCCACCAGAAGAAAAAGAAAAUCGUGAUCCACGUGCCCAUUCACAAGAAAAUCGAAAAGCACAUACACACUGUGGUGAAACACGUGCACCACCACCACAAGCCGCUCGUCCUGAAGGAGGAGAAGAAGGUGAUCCACGAGGACCAUCGACCCAUCCAGAUCCACCAGACCAAGGAGCACAUUCACCACCACGAGAAGCACGAUCAUCACGAUCACCACGACCACCAUGAUCACCACGAUCACCACGAACACCACCACCCACUUCCGCCUCCGGUAGCGCCUCCAGUCCUGCCGGAACUCGAGGAGGAAGAGGAGCACAUCCACCACCACCACAACUACGAGCACAGAGGCGGACUGCGGGACGACUUCAUCGGCGGCGACGGGAGCAGCAGUGAGGAGCGCUGACUAUGCAGCGCCCAAGUGGGGGCGCAGACUUACCGGAGGUGGUAGACGUGGACCGAUCGAUCGAAUCAACCCGGCUCCUUGUGAUUCCCUAGAUACAUGGGCACCCUUUUUGUUUGUUUUUUUUUUUUGUAGCCUAAUCUUAGUUUAAGUGUAAAGGGAAAUAAAGAUAAAUCGGAGGAACAACUUAGUUAUAGAGAAAUGUGAAGGGCAUCCAAAGCCAAGGUUACUCAUAUUUGGUUUUUAGCUUUGCCAUUAUUCAAUAAGUUAGGCUCUACGAAAUGUAAUAAAAGGGGACUUGGUAGUUUUUGCCGUUAAAACAAGCAUGUUUCAGAAUAAAACUUAAUAUUCAAAUAGUAUUAA